UAUAGCCAGGCUCUCAGGAAGAGAGGAGCGGGUCAGAGUUAAGCUCUAAUCCAGAUGUGUGUGGCUGGGUGGACCAGUGCAGGCGCAGCUAGGGUCCCACCUCUCUAAAACAGACCCAACUCUCCUCCAUCACUCCUAACACAGACCUAGUGCUGCUUGGUUUACCUCAGAGCGUCACAACAAGACUAAACACAGACCGGAUACCUCACUCCUCUACCGAACUGGUGUCUUAUUGUCCUGGCUACUGUGAACACUGCUGUCAACCAACUUUUUCUUGGAGGAAUUUCCAGGUCGGAUGAUGGCGUGAGAGACCUGCCAUGGCUGCUGAGGGUGUCACUGUCCUGGCUCCCUGGCUGAGACUGAGGGCAGUGCUGUUGUUGCUGGUGCUGCUCCUCUCCCCGCUGGCCCUGUGUGCCCCAUGCCCCAGGGGCUGCAGCUGCCCCGGCAUCAAGGAGGUACACUGCACCUUCCGCCACCUCACCUCUGCACCACGUAACCUGCCCAAGGACACAGAGAGGGUUAACCUGGGCUAUAACAGCCUCCAGGCAGUGGGGGGGUCAGAGUUCACACAACUCCGCCAGCUGGAGAUGCUUAUGCUCCAUGGGAAUGAUAUCACGACCGUGUCUCCAGGAGCGUUUUACAGCCUGCGCUCUCUGCAGAUUCUGAAGCUGAGCUACAACAAGCUGGAGGCCAUCACCCCUGGUAUGUUUGAGGGCUUAGUCAGCCUGGUGCGACUCCACCUGGACCGCAACAACAUAGACUUCAUCGAGCCGUACACCUUCAGUGGGCUAACAUCAUUAAAACUCCUACAGCUAGAGGGCAACAAGCUGAGGGACCUCCACCCACACAGCUUCAUCACCCUCUCUCUCCUGGGGAACUUCUGGAGCUCUGGGCUGCGUCACCUCCACCUGUCGGACAACCAGCUGCACUACCUCCAGCCUGGGACCCUGACGCCCCUCAGCAAACUGGAGCUGCUCUCCCUGCAUGGCAACCCUUGGACCUGUGACUGCCAUCUCCAGUGGCUGCUAGAGUGGAACAACAAACAUGAGGGAGUGAUUAAGUGUAAGAAGGAGCGGGACGCUGCCUCUGGUGAGAGCUGUGCUGUCUGCUCCUCACCUCAGUCCUUAAAUGGCAGCCAGGUCCUGGGACUGUCUGCUGGCCAGCUGGCCUGUGAGCGGCCCUCUCUGGUGUCCCAUCUGAAGCAGUGGGACAGCCCCGGCUGGGACGACGCGGACUCAGAGCCCGACCUGCCCUACACCAGGGACCUGGAACGUCCCCUGGGCCACCUCACCUUCGUCCUGACCGACAACCACGGGAACAAAGCACACGUGGCCUGCGAUGUCCGGCGGCCCAGCGAGAGCUCCUCCAUGACAUGGGAGAACCUGCGGACGUCCGGGGAGGUGGCGGUCAACGUGAGCCUGGUCAGCCUGCUGGAGUGUGAGAUCGACCGGGACGCUCUGCAGAACCUCUGGAGGCUGGUGGCCUACUACUACGAGAGCCCUGCCCUCUUGGAGAGGGGAAUGAGGAGGGAGAACACCAGCAGAGUCACGUUUCAGUACUCCCAGGGACACAACGAGGAAUCCCCUUACUUUACAGAUCUCAAAGGACACUUAAUGGCUGAACCGACGUGGCUCCUCCAACCAAGGGUCACCCUGCAGCUGAACAGACGGCAAACCACCGCGAAAAAACUGGUGCUGGACUUUACCACGUUCAUCUCCAAGCACAUCAGUGGUAGGGGAGAGCAGGAGGAUGUGACUUCCUCCUGGGCCCUAAUACAGAGAGGAAGCCCUGGGAGAGUUCAAUCUGUGCUGGAGGGCUCUGAGGUCAGUCUGGGGUGUACAGUUAUCAGUUCAGGGUCACAGUCUGUGGAGUGGAUGCUCCCAGAUCUAUCUAUCCUGGAAGAAUCUAAUUUCCGGCUGGUGUCUGAGGGAGGCAGACUGGUCAUUGGAAAUGCUAGUGUGUCUGACUCUGGGCUGUAUCACUGUCUAGUCCGCACAGAGACUGAUGUGGACAUGGUGCCUGUGAGGUUGACAGUGAAAGAACGCCUGCUCAGUCCGAACACUCUAAAUGGGAAGAAGAUGGAAGUGGAGAGCGGGGAGUCCCUCUCACUCCCCUGCUAUGUGAACUCAGCACAGCCUAGCGAGACACGCUGGUACCUCCCUAAAAAUCAGAUCCUACAACCGUCGCACCCGAACGGGAGGGUCUACGUCAAUCAAAAUGGAUCCUUGGUGAUCAAAAAGACAACUCAUGAGGACGCUGGGGAGUACAGCUGUUUGGCUGCUAACCUCUAUGGAGUAGACAUGUUGGCUCAUCUCGUGGUCGUCACAGGGGAGAAAGACUCGGAUGCAAAAGAAGAGUUUGAGAAAGAAUCACCUGGUGUUGAAACAGCCAGAGGAGAAUCACCUUUGUUUGGGAGUAAGGAGGAUGAAGGUGAGGGGUCAGGGUUCCAGGAGAUAAAAGGCCCCCAUGCUACACAGUCUCCUAAGAGGGUGGGUGGACAACAGAGGUACCCUGGAGGGUUUUUACGCCCUGGUAUGAAAGGGAAGAGGAUCAAGGAUAACAAGAGGAAACCUAAUAAGUCUGUCAAGGAGCUCGACCCCAACCGCUGGGCUGAGAUCCUAGCCAAAGCUAACGCUAAACCUCCGACACUACCACCUACAAGACCACCACCAACCACACCAACAACAAAAACAGCAACGACAAUGACAGCCAAAACCACUACUACUACUCCUAAACCCACUACUACUACUACCACUACUACUCCUAAACCCACUACUACUACUACUACCACUACUACUCCUAAACCCACUACUUCUACUACUACCACUACUACUCCUAAACCCACUACUUCUACUACUACCACUACUACUCCUAAACCCACUACUUCCACUACUACUACUCCUAAACCCACUACUUCUACUACUACUACUCCUAAACCCACUACUACUACCACUACUACUACACCUAAACCCACUACUACCACUGCUACUACUCCUAAAUCCACUACUACCACUGCUACUCCUAAACCCACUACCACUACCACUAUGACUACUCCUAAACCCACUACUACUCCUACUACCCCUACCACGAGAAAAACUACAACAACUACGACUACAACAACAACUACUACUACUGCUCCUCCUUCAACUACCAGAACAACCACAACUAAAAAGCCCACCAAGAGCCAUUCUAAAACAAGUCACCACACAGAAACAGAAGGUGAAUUGGACUUUUCCGAAAAGCAACCUGAACCUUUACGUCCUCCACCUAGAAAACAUGUGACACAGGCCCCAAGAAGGAAAGCAUUACUUGUGGACCGUGGUAGAGGUAGAGGAGGUCCAAACCCAGAUUCAGACUCAGUCAUAAACCUGUCUGUUACAGAAUCUCCUCAAUCCGUCACACAACCAAUGCAGCUAGAAGACAAGCAUGUGGGGAGGGAGAGAGAGAGAGUGAACCAGAAGAACAAUCCUGUUUGGACAAACAGACGAAGACCCCCUUACAGACGGGGCAGACCCCCACAGAGACGGGUUCGACCUCAGAAACCCUCCCUCCCCUCAUCACACAAACCACAGACGACACUCCCUCAACCCGCAACAACAGUGGAAAAACAAGAAUCUACUGCAUCGCAAAACGACAAUUCUAAAAUGGAGGACAAUAUUACAGAACACAUACCCACUAUUUCAACACAUGAUGACAAUGAGCCUGUUGACCCGAUCAUUAAGCCCAACACUGCUACAGACAAAUCAGAUAGCAUUGUCAUAAAAUCAUUAACACCAGAGGUGAAAGACCCUAGUAUAGUUAACCCAUCAAACAGGGAGCAUGUGCCUGCACCAGAGACAAUCACCUCAGCAGAAAAUCUACCUCCCCCAACUGAGGUGCCUCGACAGGAGAGGACAUGGGAGAACUUAAAUAAACAGGAUGUUAUUAGACAGACUACCCAAAACAGGCAAACAUCCCCAAAGAUAACAACAACAACAAAGCCCACUCAUAUUAAUUAUGACAUUCAUUUAAAACCUAAUUUGUCACAUGAUACGGUUGCUAUGGCAACACCCGUCCUGACUAAAUUUGAUGUUUCAGAUAAAGGAGCUGCAAAGCCAGAAACCCCUUUAACAAAAGUACAUUUUCUAAAUCCAACUCCUAAAAAAUCACAAGAUAAGACACAAACACAUUUGAGAACCGUUGCAAAAGGCAGUGCUGCUCGGGAGGACAUUCUGAGGAACACACACAGAAACUCAUAUAAAAAGGACGAGGAUCACUCUCAAAUGAAACCUGACAGUCCCAGUCUCCCCAUCCACCCCUGGAUCUACCAACAGAACGUCCAAAUGAGAGUUCAAACCACCCCUCCACCCCGCGCUCCCACCCCCUAUUGGCCUUAUAGCCGCUUCCCAGUGUGGCCCUCAGGUCAUGGUUCAGGGCCACAUCCUGCCUUUACGGAGAGGCCCAUGCUUUUCUCCCACCCAGGGGGCCGGGGCGUUGGGGUCACCAAUCGACCAGAAAUCACAGCUGAGACUGUCAGGCCCACAGCGUUCAUCUCUGCUUCACCGGGCAGUGGCAUGGCAGCCUCACUGACCUCCCACCCACCCCACAGGGGCCCAGGCCCAGCCAGCAGGACCCGACAGCAGGACCUCUUAAUGCUCUCCAAGCUCAGAAACAGAUACAGACAGGCUCAGCUGGACCGUAUUUUACAGCUAGGGAAGAGAGUGACAACUAAGCCCAAGAUCAGUCACCCUACACCUAGACCUCACUACCAGCCUCCCACUCCGUCAUACAACUACUGGCCUGUGCCCCCCACCACCUCCCUCCCCGUGCCCACCAACAGGCCCUACUCCACAGCCAGUGUCCUGUACGGCAGCCGCUGGCACUACAGCCACUGGGGCCCGAGGAGGCUGAGCACGGCCCUGCCAUUCCCCAACCUGAUGGGUAGUGGGGUGAAGCCUAGGAUCAGCUCUGUGAACACAGUCAGUGUGUCUGCCCUGGCUGAGGGUGAUGUGCUGCUGCCCUGUGAAGCAUCAGGAGACCCACAGCCAGCGCUCUCCUGGACUAAAGUCUCCACAGGUGCAACCGUCCAAGCCAACACAAAACACGGACAGAGAUUUGAAGUUGUAAAGAACGGCACCUUUGUGAUUAAAAACGUGCAGCUACAGGACAGAGGCCAGUAUCUCUGCACAGCACAGAACACAUUUGGCUCGGACCGAAUGGUCAUUACCCUGGCUGUGCUGACCCAGCCUCCCAAAAUCAUAGGUCCCCACUCCAGAGAGGUCCCAGUGUAUUUGGGGAAGGCUAUAAGCUUAGACUGUGUAGCCUCUGGCAAGCCCCAGGCUCAGAUCUCAUGGAUUCUUCCAGACAGGACCUUUGUGCGUGAUGUGGGAGCUUUUGACAGGUCAGCCUCUCUGCUGGCUAACGGCACCCUGAGGAUCCAAUCAGCUAACUUCUCCAGUAAAGGCGACUAUAGGUGUAUCGCUAGCAAUGCGGCCGGGGCUGACACAGUGACUUUUCACAUCCACGUGGCAGCGCUACCGCCCACCAUCAACGAGGAGGCCUCGGAGAGCAUCGUCAUCCAGGAAGGGAGAAGUGUGUACGUCCACUGCACUGCCAAGGGAGAGCCUGCGCCCGUGCUAAAGUGGACCCUCCCUGCAGGGGUACAUGUCAAACCCUCUCAGUUCCUCGGCAGGAGACUGUUUGUCUUCCCCAAUGGGACGCUGUACAUCAAGAACAUCUCUCCGGAAGACUCUGGGAGGUAUGAGUGCUCUGUGACCAACGCAGUGGGCGCGGCCAGGAGAGUUCUGUACCUGAAUACCAGGCAGGAGGUCCCCAGCCUGCGACUGUCACACCACCCCUCCCAACAGCACAGAGUCACAGCCAUGUAUGGCUCCACUGUAUACCUGCACUGUCCAGAGUCCACUGGCUCUCCCCGUGGCACUCUGUGGCAGCUACCGUCCAAAACAUUGCUGGAACAUCGCUACAGCCCUGAGAGACCUGUCACCGUGUUCUCCAAUGGGACCUUACGGAUCCUGCAGCUGACUGAAAAAGACGGAGGUAGCUACCUGUGUAUGUUCCAGAGGCCCAACGGUGAGGACAUGGAGCUGUUCCAGGUGCAGGUGCUCAUGAUGCCACCUAAGAUCGAACAUCUGGCCACAGCUCAGAAGAGGGUGACCUCCGGGGAGAACUUCCAGGUGGACUGUGUUGCCUCAGGCCUCCCUGACCCAGAGGUGUCCUGGAGCCUCCCUGAUGGAACCAUGAUCAACAACGCCCUACAGUCGGACGACAGUGGCACCCGUUCUCGCCGCUAUGUCAUCUUUGGGAAUGGAACACUGUUGCUGCAGCAGAUGGGAAAGAAGGAUGAGGGGGACUAUACAUGCCAUGCUAAGAAUGAACUGGGGGAGGAUGAGAUGAAGGUGAGCAUCAAAGUAGGCCCUGACUUUCCCCGAAUCACAUCCAAGGCUCAGUUGUUGCUCACGGCCCGACUAGGAGAGUCUGCCUAUAUGACGUGUCAGGCAACUGGGGAGCCUCCACCAACCAUUGUGUGGCUCUCCCCAAGCAAUGAAGUCAUCACAUCCUCUUCAAUCAAAUACCAAAUCUUAGAUGAUGGGACUUUGGUGAUAAAGAAGGUGACUUUGGCCGACCAAGGGAAGUAUGCUUGUGUGGCAAGGAGUUCUGCUGGGGAUGACAUCAAGAACAUUAAGAUACAAGUAGAACCAAGAGAGCCACACAUCAAUGAACAAGGUGGAAGAAGCAGUAUGAAAGUGUUGGCAGUAUCUUAUCAGACAACACUGCUCGACUGCAGAGCGGAGGGCAAGCCUGAGCCACGCGUUUCCUGGGCCGCACCCUACGGCCUCUCUCUGCCAACACCUUAUCUGGGAGGACGCUUUCAAGUCCACAAGAAUGGGAGUCUAGAGCUACGUGGAGUGAGGAAGACAGACGAGGGUCAGUAUAUGUGUUUGGCCAAAAAUCACUUGGGAGAAGCAAGCCUGGCAAUUGAGCUUGAAGUGGCAUCCAUAGCAGAGAAGCCAAGCUUCGCCAUGCCGAACAUUGAGAUUUUACCAAUAAAACAAGAUGGAAGUGAUGUCACCCUGGAGUGUCCUGCCCGCGGUAAGCCAAACCCAGAGUUUGUUUGGAUCCUGCCAAAUGGCACAGCGCUGAUGCCAGGCACUAGACAUCAACACUUCACUCACUAUAGAGGAAACGGGACGUUGCGCAUCGCCCAGCCAGUGACGGCUGACAAAGGGGUUUACCGUUGUCUGGCGAAAAACGUGGCUGGGACUGCAGAGAAGCGAUACGCUCUAGAACCAGGAAGAAAGCCUGUGAUUCGAGGCACAACAGGGAUCAUGAAGAUCACGUUUGGCCAAAUUCUGAACCUGCCGUGCUCUGUGGAUGGCUGGCCACAGGCCUCAAUCACAUGGACCCUACCAAACGGCCUGGUCCUGGACAAGCCCCAGGUUAUUGGGAGAAUUACAUUUUUAUCAAACGGCACGCUUCAACUCAAAGAGGUCGCCACAUUUGACAGGGGAACCUACGUCUGCAAGGCCACCAACACAUUUGGGUCUUCUGCGUUGUCAUACCCAGUUGCAGUUAUGGUGUAUCCUCCAAGUAUCACAAACGCACCCCCUUCCAUCACUAGAGUCCACAGAGGUUCAUCAGUAACACUUAGCUGCAUCGCUGCAGGCAUACCAAAGCCUGAAAUAACAUGGACUCUACCUGGAAGAACCACACUUGUUCCCAACAACCGUUUCACGGCACAGGGAGGAAUUCACAUGACAGUUGAGGGCAGCUUGGUCAUACAAGACCCAGUACUUAUGAACUCAGGGAUUUACAAAUGCAAUGCAAAAAAUGCUCUAGGAAGUGACUUCAAAGCAACAUAUCUUCAGGUGAUCUGAGCCACAACCAAACAGAAGUGCCUAAUCUAAUCUGACAAUUACACUUGAAUGUAAAACCUAAUCCUCUAGAAUACCAUAUGUACAGUGUAAUUAUGUAACCUUACCAUUAAUGUGCAUAUUAUAAGAGGUAAAAUAGUGUGAACUCUAAUAUCACUUACAAGGAAAGGAGAAAAAGGUCUGCUAUAAUUGUUGGCAGAAAUAUAAGCAUAUAAAAACUUGACAGAUGUGACUUAGGGAAUGCUCUCUUUUCUUUGAAUUUAUAAAUAUUCCUGUAUGUAAAUAUCUAAGUAUACUGUGUUGACUGAACUCACAUUGUUGGUUUAUCUAUAUGCCUUUUUUACCAAGAUACAGCUUGCAGGUGCCUAGUGUUACUUCUGACAAUAGAAAAAAUAAAAGUGAAUCACUUACACAGGAAUCUAUCUGUUUGUACGCCCUCUCUGAUUGUGCGAAUCCCAUUCUGAGGCAUGCUUUCAGAUUUUAUGCAAACCAUUUGGAACAAAUGAGCCUUUCAUAGAGGGCGUAAAAGGAAGCUUUGUGUGAUACAAAUGUUCUAAUUGUUCUACAGAGCUAAUCAAAAUGGAGACCCAGCAACUAAUUCUACCAGCUAUGAAUUUAUUUAAUACAUUGCUAAUACAUAUUUGGGACAUUUUACUUAAUGACUAGACCUAAAUAUUUAAUUAUAACAGGCCUAGGAUAUCCAGUGCAAUGUGGAAAACAUGCAUCACUGGUGCACUCACUUACGUGAAACCUCUCAGUAUUGAUUUUCACCUUACAAGCUCCAUUAUACAGCAGACACUUGUCUUAUCUGGACAACAGGUUAGAGGCCAAUGCAUUUGCGCCAUUUUGGAUGAUGGCAUCUGAUCAGCUGGAUGGAUCACAUGAUUUUUCAAGUGUGAAAUCAAACCUGAGUGAAAGACAUUUGUAGGUUACAUUUGAAUACAUGUAAAAAUGUCUAUGGCAGAGGAAUAAACAGAUUUGUGUUGACAAUCUAAAGAUUGUUAAAUAUUA